AUGACAAGCUUACGUAAAGCCUCAUUUUUUGAAAGAUAUCAAAUAUGCCGUACUGAAAACAAGUAUUAUCUGAAUUUUAAUAUAACUGUUGAAUACCCUUUCCCUAUAACAAAAGCCAAAUUAUCCCGAGCCUUAUCACACUUAAUUAAAGAUAAUCCAAUUUUAGGUUGCAAUUUCUUUGGUAGCACUGACAAUGAUUAUAGAGAUUAUGUAUUGAAGAGUAUCCCCAUUACAUUUGACUCUGUUGUUGAGUAUACUGAAUAUGAUGUCAAUCCAGAAUUUUUUGAAUUUUUGAACACUAUUUAUUUUGAAAUGAAUUGUACCAAACCUUUAUGGAAAUUAUUUAUAAAAGACAGUAUAAUAACUAUUUGUUGUAACCAUGCUUACUUUGAUGGUAAUGGUGGAGCAUUCUUCCAUAAAGAAUUAUUUCGAUUAUUACUAGAUACCAGUGAUGAUGCUGAAUUUCAAAAUGUUUUGAGUAAAGAAGUGGAUUCAUUGUCUGAAUCAGUAACUGAGGUUUGUUCCUUAUACAAAACACCAAUAUGGUUUUUAAUAAGAGGAGCUUUGCAAUUAUGGUUACCAAAUUGGAUGAGAAAGUUAGUGGCUUACUUCACUUAUCCAAACAUCAAUAAAUACCCAAUGUUUCAAAAUAAACCCAUAUCGUUGAAUCAACAUACAAACUUUAGUGUGAUUAAUUUGAAUAAUGAUAUAGUGUCAAAAAUGUUAGCCAUUACCAGAUCUACAUCAACAAAGUUAACGCCAUGGCUCAUUACCAUUGCCUUACAAACAUUUCAAGAAUUUCACCCUAAUAGGUCUAUGUCUAUAGCGAUUCCAUUAAAUGGUAGAAGGUAUUAUGAUUUGGAUAUGUUUCAGGUUGCCGUGGCUGAAAGUAGUAUAGAUAUCGAACCAAUCACCAAUCCAAUUGCUACCACAAAUUACAUUACAAAACGUUUACAACGUGAUCUUGACUCUCGUCAUCCAUUCUAUUUUGUUGGACUUUUGAAAUACAUUAAUAUUGGAUCGUUUCUUAAAUCAAAGAUAGGUACACAUAAACGGUCAACCAUGGAGAUUUCGAAUGUUGGGAAAAUGCCAUUACCAUGUUGGUUCAGUCAAGAUAAUGGGUUCCUGUCUCAUUUACAAUUCAAUGUGGUUUCAUCACCUCAAGGAAUGAACAUAGUGAUAGGACUUCUUGAUUUAGAUGUUGAUAGUUAUACUAAAGCGUUUCUAAAGCGGUUAAUGGCUGUUGUAGAUGAGUACAUAGAUACUAAUUAA